AUGGUGCUGAUGAAAACAUGGAAAGAAGAUAAACGGCCAAAGGGGAGAGCCUUGGCUAAACUGGCGACCAAGAAGGCCAUUCAGACCCCUGAGAACAGGUGGUCUCACUACAGCCGAGUGAGGGGUCCAGUUGAAAAGAACUCUACUCAAGAGAAGAGAACGCCAAGAGCGAUCCCUGUUAUCCACACGGUGAUGAACCACUCUUCAAGGUGGAGAGGAGAGUUCACAGUACACAUAGGAAAAGGAAGGGCCUGCAAUCACAUCCGAAAUGUCACUGAUUCCUGCCAUUUGAUCCAGCUGCUAGGAGUCUGGAUACUUCUGGGCCAGCUUCCCAGAGCGCUCUCAAGCAUGGACACAGGCGCAGUGAAGCUAUGUGGUCGUGAAUUAUUACGCUACACAAUCUGGCUCUGUGGAGACGUUACCUGGAGACGUUUCAGCAGAAGCAUCAUGUCCAUCAGGGCUGCAGACAGUGCAUCACCACACAUGUACGAAGAUACAAAAAUGUUAAGCACUAUGCCGGAAGUCAAUUCUAAUUUCCCAGAGGAAUUGUUGGCAAGUGAAGUAUCCAGAGAACUGGUGGAGAAUAACCCCAGUGAAGCAAGAGACAACAGUCCUUCAAAAGGAAAAGGCUUUGGCUUAGAAACGAAUUUCCGAAAGCUGAGCAAGAAGGAGGCGGAAUCUCUAAGUGACAAGUGUUCUUACUGCCAGUAUGUGCAAGAUUAG